CAGCACUCUAACUUCACAGCACUUUUGAUAACCAUCGUACUUCUUCACACAUUCUUGUGUACGUAUUUUACUAGUAAACAGUCAUUGCAUACAAAUUCAAUAAACAUGUGUUUUUGUGAUGACAUUCAUGCGACCAACCAAAGCUGGAAUUGUAACUAAUUCAGCGCUCCCCGACGGUAGUCUGUUCGAGAGGCCAAGGAAGCUGAUGCAGCUGAAUUAUUGCUUACUCUGAACUACCGGCAGACCAUGCGCAACAUAAUUAAUUUUGCGCUGGUUUUGUUCGCUGCGGACGCUGUUAUUUCUGGCCAGGGCGAGACUAGACAGGGAGCUGAUAGAGUGUACAUAAACGACGUGGUUCGUUUGCUGUGUUUCGAUAAGGAUGACGAUGAGACUGUCGAUUUUAUUUGCGACAGUUAUUGCCGAAGAGAAGGGGAAGAAGGGGGACGCUGCUUCGGAUAUCCCCUGAGAUGUUUCUGCUUUUUCUCCGGACUGGAUGGCGGAAGGGGUUUCGAUAGGCGCACACCUGAUAUCGCCGGAGACGAAAUGUUUCGCGAUGACUUUUCUGCAAACACAAUCGACAGAAACUGGAAUGUGAAAACCGCAGUUACUGCACUGAACCGGUCGAUCGUGUAUAGUUCAUCGGACAACGUGUGGAUUAGCAAUGGUCUCCUCCAUAUUAACGAACCAAAAAGACCGGAAAGCGCUACCCAUGCAAAGCAGUAUACGGUUCACGUUAGUACCGGUCCGCACUUUAGCUUUACUUAUGGGGAGGUAGAAAUCCGAGCGAAACUGCCAACUAGUGACCCGAUGGCCGUCAUUAGCAUGUUGCGGCUCGUCGAUGCGCAGUGCGCCUUCGACAGCGUCCGGACAGGCUGCUCGGAACGAGCGAUUUCCGUUGCGGAUUUGAAUAUUUUUCCAAAUAAAAUGACCAUCGGCAUUACUCAUCAGAUGGGUUCUGGUCGUUUGAUGAGGUUGACGUGGCCACCGAGCAUACCAAUCCAUGCUGCGGAUUCCGAAUUCCACAUCUUUAAGGUCGUCUGGGGACCGAACAGCCUUGACUGGUAUUUAGACGGUUCCCGAAUCUAUCGCAUGACGGACAGAAAUUUCGUUCCGGUGGUUAAGAUGCAGCUGGUGUUCGAGCUCGACGUCCACUCGUCUUCGCAGCAACGUAACGCGGCCGGGGUUCUGGCAAUUGAUUAUAUCGCUGUUCGUCCGCUGGCCACACCAACGGCAACGACAACCACCACGUAUGCACCCGACGCGUUCGACGAGAUGAUAGUCAACACACUGCCUACGUUCGCUACGUUAGAAGGCGCAACAGCGACGACAGUUACCACCUGGCAAAACGCAUCAACAACGACAGACGAGUUAGCAGUUAACGCAACAACGAAGCCAGACGCUUCGCUCAGUAGGAGCAGUCCUGGUGCGGAUUCCCAAUGGAAGAUGUGGGCCGUCGCAGCAGUAGCCGGAGUAUUCUGUGUCGUUUGCACAAUUACCGGAGUGUACUUCUACUGUAGACAACGAGCGCGCAGACAUCUUGCGACGGCAUUAAUCAUGUCUGCGGAAAUACCGCUCAACGCAUGAUCCGACGUCCUGGACUGUGAAAACUACAUUUUCCAAAAUGAUGCUGUAAAAUAAUUGUAUUAAUAUUUAUUUAGUGCUGCAAUGUGUGCACCGAUUUCCGUAAACCAGACUCUGCGACGCAAUCUCAUCCAGUGGAUGCAAUAAAACAAGUGUGGCACGACAGGUUUAAAGUGUGCAGUAAGAAAAGAGUUGCGCUUUUUCUGCAGGAAGUGCCAGAACGCUGUUUAGAAUGCAGUUUAAUAUGUACAGUAGUGAGUAGGCGGCACAAAGGAAAAGUGGUGUCACUU